GAUCAGUGUAGGUUGUAGCGCUCUUAGGAAAGCAUAUGGCAUAGCCUAUAUUUAAUUAAAACCAUGGUGUUGCUUAGAUCUGCAUGGUAACACAGGCUAAAGUAUGUUUUGAACUACUUUGGACAGUUUGGUCUCUCUACACGCACGAUAAACUAUAUCGUAACAAUUGCAUUGGACGGAGGCGCGUAACAAGUGAGUUUACAGACGGAGCUGGAUUCUGUACCUUCCUCUUCUCCGCUCUCCCGGAGCGCUUUCGCAGAUUAAGAUAUGUCCUCUCCGACAGGGAAUAACGCAAACGCUUGGAAUAUAGCGGGGUCGUCCAUACCUCUGCAGGGAAGCACACCGUCUGAGCUGGAAAUGUCCGAAAAGACAUCUAAUGCAUUAUAUGACACUGUUCAAUCUGGGACUCCUUGUAGCAAGAAUACCCUAACGAUUCCACAAAAUCAAACUACCAUGGGGAGAAAAAAGAGCAUUGAAGACAUCACUGUCCGCACAGUGGCGGGCCAACGACGGGCAUCCCACCUGCAUGGACUUAACCUCAACCCCCGGAUGUCUGUGUACAGUACCACUCGCCCUGUGCUCACCAGAGGUUACGUCCAAGGACGCGUCUACAACUUUUUGGAGAGACCAUCCGGGUGGAAAUGUUUUGUAUAUCACUUCGCAGUGUUUCUCAUUGUCCUGGCUUGCUUAAUCCUCAGUGUGCUUUCCACUAUCGAUCAGUACCAGGCCUUGGCUCAUGGAACACUCUUCUGGGUGGAAAUUGUGCUUGUGGUGUUUUUUGGCGUAGAGUAUGUGGUCAGACUCUGGUCAGCUGGAUGCCGGAGUAAAUAUGUGGGCGUCUUGGGAAGGCUGCGAUUUGCCAGGAAACCCAUCUCCAUCAUCGACCUGAUUGUGGUGCUGGCCUCUGUCGUUGUGCUUGCUGUGGGCUCCAAUGGCCAAGUGUUUGCGACCUCUGCAGUCCGGGGGAUUCGCUUCCUGCAGAUCCUGCGGAUGCUGCAUGUGGACAGGCAGGGGGGAACCUGGCGCCUCCUGGGCUCUGUGGUCUUCAUCCACCGACAGGAGCUGAUCACUACACUGUACAUUGGUUUCCUAGGCCUCAUCUUCUCCUCCUACUUUGUGUACCUGGCAGAGAAGGACGCAGUGGACAGCAGCGGCGUAACAGAGUUUGGCAGCUAUGCUGACGCUCUCUGGUGGGGAGUGGUGACUGUCACAACAAUAGGUUAUGGAGAUAAGGUUCCACAGACUUGGAUUGGGAAAACCAUUGCAUCCUGCUUCUCUGUCUUUGCCAUCUCCUUUUUCGCCCUGCCAGCAGGGAUCCUGGGCUCCGGGUUCGCUUUGAAGGUCCAACAGAAGCAGAGGCAGAAGCACUUCAACAGGCAGAUCCCAGCUGCUGCCUGUCUCAUCCAGUCUUCCUGGAGGUGUGUUGCCGUGGAGAAUCAUGACUCAGCCACGUACAAGAUGUUUGUCAAGAGGAGGCCAGCGCUCCCCAGCUCCGCAAUUUACAGCCCAAAGCCCAAGAAAACGGUAAAGAUUAAGAGGAAACAGCGCAGCACGGAGAAGGACAACGGUCCCAGUUCUCCCACUGUGCCCAGCAUCACCUACGACUUUGAUGACGGGAGAGACGGCAGUGACGUGUACAACACACAACAGUCAGUGGGAACUCCUGCUAUGAGAAGAUGGGACCGGCAGUCAUCCUGGACCUCCAUUUCCUCUUUCCAGUUCUCCCCACCCCCAGUGAAGAAGAGCUCAGGGCUCCUGGAGGUGCACUCCCCUCCCCCACUCCAGAGGAACAGCAGCUUCCCUGAUGACCUGGAGCUGGAGGCAGACAUCCUGCUGCUGCCGGUCACUCAUGUGUCCCAGAUGCGGGACUCUCACAGAGUGGCCAUUCGUGUGAUCCUGCGUAUGAAGUACUUUGUGGCAAAGAAAAGAUUUCAGCAAGCACGCAAGCCCUAUGAUGUACGGGAUGUCAUCGAGCAGUACUCUCAAGGCCAUUUAAACCUCAUGGUGCGCAUCAAGGAGCUGCAGAGGAGAUUGGAUCAGUCACUGGGGAAACUGUCUCUGUUUCAAACCAGUUCAGAACGGGCUAAAGACAAAGGCACCAACACUAUUGGCUCCAGACUCAACAGAAUGGAAGAUAAGAUCACGCGCAUGGACCAGACGCUCAGCCGCCUGGCCGACUCUCUCAACCUCAUGCUGGCCGGCAUGGGCCAGCAGGCAGGGUCUAGCCGCCGGGGCAGCAGACAGGAGGACAGACUCGGCGUCUCCCCUCACACCCUCAGCGGCCCCGCGCACGCCUACGACCAGCUCCCCGUCCCGCCGGCCCCCCCCUCCAACGAGGAGAGCGCCUGAGGCUGUGUGAAUGACGGGAUCUUUGCCCCCCGGUGAACCCUGUGUGUCAGACGGCGUAAUUAGCACAAUGAUUAAUCAAAUAGUGUGAGAAAAUCAGACGCAGUCUUAUGAAAUCAGAUGCCUGUAAGGAUAUGUCAUAUGGAAUGUUUUUGUUUUUGUUCUUUGAUCAAGUGCUAGCCCAAAAUGUGAAUACAUGCUUUGUAAUGCAUUUGCAUUCAUAUAUGUUUAAGAACCUAGGUUCUGCCAUAUGAUGUGAAUGAUGUAUAGAAAUUAUAUUUUGUAAUGACUGAAUAAUGCCUAUGGGAAUGCUCCCAGUGGAAAUGAUUUGAGAUAUGUAAUAACAGAAAUAGACAUAUUCACAAACCUCUGCCUGCAUUGUGUGCCUUAAAAUUACCCGAUUGCCUGAAGACUUUUUAAGUUGUAUGUUAACAAUUUAAGAAACUAUACUUUGUUAAGUAUACAGAGAAAUAUCAUUGAACCUCCAUUUUAUCUGUGAACCUUCUGUUGACAACUAAUUUAUAGUAUUUCAGUUGUAGUUUCCCCCACAUUUUCUCUAUACAGAACUAAUAAAAUCAUUGUUUGUUCUUUAUAGAAAUUAUGUGCAAAUGCAAUGAUGAUUUUCAUUUCUUUAUAAGUUAGAAUUUAAUAUUUUGAUGGUCUAAUAUUUUGCUGAAUUAUGUCACUGUUUCUUGUAGUUAUGUGUAUUAAACUCUGUGAUUCUGCUCUCACACUCUGUUACAUUAUGUUCAUAUAUGUUUUGAUAUCAAUGAGCUUUCAGUUCAU